UUCACUGUGGUUUUGUAACGCGAAGUAAGGUCACACAGAGGCUGUUUACAUCAGCUAAUACAGCUGAUUAUACAGCGUGCAGGUUAUACUUUUACAUGUCGGUUGAUUAACUUACUGGUGAUUUACUAACGGGACCAGUUUAACCAGAGGAAAUGGGUUGAAUUGGUAAACAUUUGUUAAACCAGUAUAUCGGUCAAACAUCAGAUCCUGCAUCAGUUCAACACCUGAACUCCUCAGACGACUUUUCAGCCAAUCAGAGCUCCCUGUCCACCCCUUACCUCAGAAAGCCUGUAUCAAGACCAGAGCCGAAAAACUCACCAAAAAGACCGUUGUGAGCUCAGGGUCCUCAGCGUUUAAUCUGUAGCUCCAGAUUUAAACUGAUGACCCAUUCAGGGUUCAACACCACGUUCAGUGUCUGUCUGUAAUUAUAAAUCUGCCCUCAGACUGACACGAGAAGAAGCUCAGUGAUGUGCUGAGAGCUGAACUUUCCCAUUCACUUCAAAACAGUCAGAGUUUGAUCACAGCAGCAUUGUUAGAGGACAUUAAAGGAACAUCAUUAGAGGAACUGCAGCUGAAGUACCGGAGUCAUUGUGUCCUUCUAGCUCUCUGCUGACCUGGUUUCUGAUCUUUGGUCUGGGGAGUUAGUCCGAUGGCGCGGCACAGUAAGCUGCAGAAGCAGGUCCUUGCUCUGUACCGGCAGUUUCUGCGGGCCGGUCAGGACAAACCAGGCUUCAUCCCCCGAAUCCGUGACGAGUUCAGAGUGAAUGCUUGCAUCAAGAAGACGGACGUGAUGCACAUUGAGUAUCUGUACAGGCGAGGACAGAGACAGCUGGAGCAGCUGAGGGAUGUAAACACCAAACAGCUAGGUUCUUUCUCUAAACCUGCAGAGAAGAGCUGACCUCUGACCUGCUGUAUGUCUGUGGCUGUUAAUGCCACAACAAAUACUUGGUUACGACCAAACUGUAAUGCUGAGAUGCUGAAGUCCAAUAGGCAAGCAAAUGCUCAGUAUGGAGAAAAGAUGUGAUGCGAUUUAUCAUAAAAUACUUUUUUGGGAUGUUAAAUAAGCCAAAUGUUGUCUGACUGUUUAGACUCAUGAACAUGAAUACACUUUCUUUCACACACUUGAUGAUAAUUAUAAUAAUACACUCAGUGAUGUGGCUAAAACUAUGAUGUGGAAAAGAUGAAUGCAUUCCGCAUGUUAAAGAGAUAGUUUGGAUUUUUUGAAGUAGGGUCAGGGUGCAAAAUUAACGUUUU